CGCGCACUCUGCAAAGCUCCGCCAGAUCAUCCUUCGUGCUACAGUUAUAACAAAGUUUAAAGUGUCCGCGUCGCUUGGUUUGCGUCCUGGUCCCUUGUCUCAGUGACCGAGGCGAUUGUCUGUGAGCUGCAGCGGAGCUCAGCAGUGCGUUGCUGUGUCCAGUUACGUAGCGCGCUGGGCGAGGAGACACGAGGACAGAAACAUAUACGACCCUGGAGAGACGGCAUAGAGAGAGAGACCUGGGAAAUGUGCUGAGCAGUCAGAGACUGAGUUACUGGACGUUUUGGAUAUGAGAACGCAAACUGUGAUUACUCUAUCUUUACCUUCAUUUCCCUGAGCCACGCCAACGCUCAUCUUCUUCUUCAGACUGGUUGAAACUCGCAGCUUCGCUCCUGCUAGAUGAACGGGAGUAGUUGGAGAUUUAAUUUGGUGUGUCUCUCCGAUGCGAUUGGCUCACGGCCCGACAGGAAGUGAGCGACACCCCACCUCCCCAUGGCUCCGCCUUCGGCGGGCCGCUCCUCCCUUGCCCAGCAUGUUGUGCUGCUUGUGCAGUGCAUUCUAGUCCUGCAAGCUGGGGGUGUGGUCUGCAGGAAAGGGCCGGUGCUGCUGCCUGAGUCGCCCUGUCACCGGGCUGAACACCCUCUAAUCUCACACACAGAUAUGGAGCCUUGGAUCCACAGGUUCCGGGCUGAGGGCACAGUGGAUUACUCUCAGCUAACCUUUGACCCCAGCCAGAACGAACUGAUAGUCGGAGCCAGAAACCACCUGUUCAGACUCAAUCUGGAGGACCUCUCGCUGAUCCAGGAGGCGGAAUGGCACUGUGAUGAGUUCACUAAAGGAGCCUGCUUCAGCCGGGGGAAGUCAGAGGAGGAAUGUCAGAACUACAUUCGAGUUUUGCUGGUGAAUGGAGACAGACUGUUUACAUGCGGAACCAACGCUUUCACACCAAUCUGCACCAACCGCACUCUGACCAACCUGACAGAGAUCCAUGACCAGAUCAGUGGGAUGGCCCGUUGUCCCUACAACCCUCUCCAUAACUCCACAGCUCUGAUCACGUCCAGUGGAGAUCUGUAUGCUGCUACCGCCAUGGACUUCUCUGGCAGAGACCCAGCUAUCUACCGCAGUCUGGGGGGGCUGCCUCCUCUACGCACCGCACAGUACAACUCCAAAUGGCUGAAUGAGCCUAACUUUGUCUCCUCCUACGACAUCGGGAACUUCACCUACUUCUUCUUUCGGGAGAACGCGUUGGAACAUGACUGUGGUCGGACCGUGUUCUCACGUGCUGCCCGGGUCUGUAAGAACGACAUUGGAGGACGCUUCCUAUUGGAGGACACCUGGACCACGUUCAUGAAGGCUCGGUUGAACUGCUCUCGACCGGGAGAGAUACCGUUCAACUAUAAUGAACUACAGGGAACAUUCUACCUGCCAGAGUUAGACCUGCUCUAUGGGAUCUUUACUACUAACGUGAAUAGCAUAGCAGCGUCUGCGGUGUGUGCCUUCAACCUCAGUGCCAUCACCCGUGUGUUCGGUGGCCCCUUCAAGUACCAGGAGAACUCUCGCUCCGCCUGGCUACCUUACCCCAACCCUAACCCUGACUUCCAGUGUGGUACCAUAGACUAUGGUUCCUAUUUGAACCUGACAGAGAGGAACCUGCAGGAUGCCCAGAAGUUCCUGCUGAUGAACGAGGUGAUCCAGCCGGUCCAGCCUGUCCCUUACUUCAUGGAGGACGACGUUCGCUUCUCCCACGUAGCUGUGGACGUGGUGCAAGGCAAAGACAUGCUGUUCCACAUCAUCUACCUGGCUACAGACUAUGGCACCAUCCGUAAGGUCCUGUCUCCUCUGAACCAGACCAUGGGUAGCUGUCUAUUGGAUGAGAUUGAGUUGUUUCCGCCCAGGAGGAAACAGCCAAUCAGAAGCCUCCUGAUCCUGCACAGCAGCAGUGAACUGUAUGUCGGCGUCAGGGACCAAGUCAUCAAGAUACCACUGAUGAGAUGCGACUUUCACAAGACCAGAGAGGGGUGUGUUGGGGCGAGGGACCCUUACUGUGGCUGGGACCUGGUGUUAAGGAAGUGUACCACCCUGGAGGAGAGUGUCAGCAUGAGCCAAUGGGAACAGAGCAUCACUAAAUGCCCUGUGCGUAACUUGACGUUGGAUGGAGGGUUUGGGCCAUGGACAGGCUGGGGGGCCUGUAGCCAUACUGAUGGGGGCAGUGCUGAUUCCUGUCUGUGUAGAACCAGGCCUUGUGAUAAUCCCAAACCCCAGUGUGGGGGUCAGUCCUGUCACGGACUCAGCGUGGAGGUUGCCAACUGCUCCAGGAACGGUGUGUGGAGCCCCUGGACUCUGUGGAUCCCGUGUAGCACCAGCUGUGGCAUUGGCUUCCAGGUCCGGCAGAGGUCCUGCAGCAACCCCACCCCUCGCCACGGAGGACGAGUGUGUGUGGGGCAGAACAGAGAGGAAAGGUAUUGCAACGAACACCUGCCCUGCCCACCUCAUGUCUACUGGUCGGCAUGGUCAGCAUGGGAACGCUGCACAGUGCCCUGUGGAGGCGGCAUCCAAUCACGCCGCAGGACCUGCGAGAACGGUAACGAGUGCCCCGGGUGUGCUCAGGAGUACCAGUCGUGUAACACCCAGCCCUGUCCUGACCUGAAGAAGACCACCCCCUGGACCCCCUGGACGCCGGUCAACAUCUCGGACAACGGCGGUCACUACGAGCAGCGGUUCCGGUACACCUGUAAGGCCCGUGUCCCUGAACCUGCUCUGUUGGAGGUGGGUCGACAGAGGAUAGAGAUGAGGUACUGCUCCAGGGACGGCUCCACUGGAUGCUCUGCUGACAGAGAUCUGCUGCGGUCGGGUAAGAUCUCCGGACACACUGUGAACAGAGACUGGACAUCCUGGAGCUCCUGGUCUCAGUGCAGUAGAGACUGCAGCCGAGGGAUACGUAGCCGUAAACGGUUCUGUGACUCCCCUGAACCACCGCACGGAGGACAGACCUGCCUGGGACCUGCUCAGGAGUACCAGGAGUGUAACAUCACACCCUGCCCAGUGGAUGGUAGCUGGUCGUGCUGGUCUGGCUGGUCUAAGUGUUCAGUGACGUGUGGAGGGGGACACUAUACGAGGUCACGCACCUGCAACAACCCCCCACCAGCCUACGGAGGAGAUAUCUGUCUGGGACUACACACUGAAGAGGCUCUCUGUAACAUACAAUCGUGUCCAGAGAGUUGGUCUAACUGGUCCCUAUGGUGCCAGUGUGACAGUUCUGGGUCCCAGCUGCGGGUUCGACACUGUAAUGUCCUGUUCCCUACUGGAAACCAAUGUUCAGGAAGUCACACUGAGACCAGGGCCUGCCCACCUGACUCCAACGUUAUACCGGAAGUCUCCAUCGCUCGUUCCAGUCAGGAGGAGAGAAGAUGUGGAGAUUUCAACGUGUUCCAUAUGAUCGCUGUAGGCCUGAGUAGUUCUAUCCUGGGUUGUUUGGUCACCUUACUGGUGUACACCUACUGCCAGCGCUAUCAGCAGCAGUCUCACGAUGCUACAGUCAUCCACCCCAUCUCAGCAUCACCACUCAACACCUCCAUCACUAACCACAUCAACAAACUGGACAAAUACGACUCCUUGGAGGCCAUUAAGCCCGAUGUGUCUGUACUCUUGACCCUGGACGACCCCGGCAUGUGCCAGCCUCUGUCUACUAACAUGGGCGUGUCCAUGCGUGGCUUGGAGAUUUUCUACUAACUUUCUACUGACUUCUGACCUCUACAACAUCCCGCCUCUUGACCCACCUCCUAGCCUAUGAACAACCUCCUUCCACUUCCUCUUCCUCUCCACCGUGCCCCCACUUCCUGUGAUGCUUCCUGUGUGCGUCAGGCUUUCAAUAAGAACAACCUGAUUCUGGAGGAAAGAAAUAAGUACUUCAACCCCCAGCGAGCCGGGAAGAUUUACACCAAUUCAUACUUCACUGACCUCAACACUUACGAUGACUAUUAACCCUUUGUUGGGCUACAGCAUCGGGGAGACACACCCUUGUGCAGACAACAACCCCACACCACUCGUUAUGACAAUGUCCUAUAUUUUUCCACCUCGUAAUGAAAUCUAUUACGUUUUAUGUGGGACCCUCCCGCUCUGGGACCCAUUGGCAACAGCCAUCCAAUCAAAUUACAGCCACACGGCGAUGUCAUCGAAGGGACAGGCCCAAAAAGGAAACUCGAAGAGCUUUCUGAAUGGGAAGGACCCUGCUGUGAUUUCCUGUCACUCUCUUGUCCCAGAACUGUGUCGGUUCCGGGGGAAGAAAACAAACCAACUGCUUUGCAUGAUUUUCUCUGUCACUCUGUUCAGUUUUGCAUGGUUGGUAGUGGGCAGGCAGGCAGGCAGGCAGGCAGGCAGGCAGGCAGGCAGGCAGGCAGGCAGGCAGGCCACUCACUGUCCGCUGUGCUAGUGUCCUACAGAGGACCCCAAAGGGGUGGCGUUAGUUAUGCCUGAUGAAUUUGAUCCAACUAUAAUGCUCAACGGUAGAUAGUCAAGUGCUUAGCGUACCCAGAGUAACUGUCACUCAAUAGCUUCCCCAGGUUGUUGUGGAUUUAAACCAAUUACAACUCUGCAUUAUUGUAGACUUUUGUUAAACCAAUCUUGUUCUAUACGUCUACCGUUGAGUAACUAAAAUACCAGUCCUUUUGUUUAAAGAGGGGUUAUUCAAAUAAAGACAGGAUGUAGAUAUUUUAGAGAUGUUUCUCUUACGGGGCUGGCGUUGGUGUAGCAGUUAGCGGUGGUUGAGAUAUCAGUGUAUAAUCUUUCUUGCUUUUUGUUGAUGUUAUUGUACAGUAAGCUCAUUUGGAAGCAUAUUUCUCUGUGUCUUUAUAGGUCCAUUUACUCAAUGUCAGUGUUAAAGUCAAUCAUUUGAAAUUUGAGUAGAAGAAAUUGCCCGGGAAAUAUAUAAGUAGAUCAUGUUCAAACUGCCAUCAUACUUGUUCAUAUUUUUUUCAUUUGUGGUACUUUUCAAGGUGAAACAUCUCUCUUUUGUUUAAGGAUGUACAUCCAUAUUCAGUAUGUUGAUUUCUUCAAUGUUUUCAAUUGUAACUUUUUUUUUUUGUUGAAACGUUUGCUUGUUUUAUUGUGGAUAAAUAAAAUGAAAACGCUUGGUA